AGGAGGUCGUUCCUACGAAGAAGUUUGCAGGAAAAAAGGUGGUCCCACUCAUAAACACCGUCUUAUGAAGCGAACGACUGAGCGCUUCUAUCUGCUUUUUUUUGCCACCGUGUUGUUGCCUUUACGCGCAAAAUGAAGCCCUAAACUUGUUGCAAUUUACUUGAAACGUAAGGGAGCAGUAUGCCGUUUUAUCAUCUGGAUUCAACUUUGAAAAAUCCGAACCAAAAAAAUAGAGAACAGCUGAGAGUGGGGUGAGGAGGAGGUUGGCUUUGGCAAGUUGUGGACUCCUGCCUUGUUACUCCCGCGGUCGUAUGUUGCUAACUAGCUUGCUAAUUAGCUAACUUGGAUAUAAGGACCUAAGUCUACUACAGUGUGGAGAAGUAUUUUCUGAGUGGUCUGCCACAGUGAUUGCCAUUGAUAAAGUUGGUUCAGUGGGCCACUGCAGCAUUUCCUCAAGAACAUUGGCAGCCUGCUGUGGCUUGAUGCUUUUCAGUGCUUGGAUGUUGUGUGGGCGAUAAGGAUGUCCUGCUGCUCCCAGCGGGACAGGAUUGUGAUGUGAUGGGGUGCAGGACGAGCAAGGUCCUCCCUGAGCCACCUGGAGAUGUCCAGCUAGACUUGGUCAAAAAGGUGGAGCCCCCCCAGACCGACAUCUACAAACAUUUCAUCCGAGGCGACGGCAGUGGGAGUAAAAUGAGAGGUGAGAAAACAGGCUCUCCCUCACCCCAGGCCCAGGCACCCCCAGAUACAGGCCAACCAGAGGCCUCUGACCCACGCAGAAACAAGGUAGCCAAGUACCGAGCUAAGUUUGACCCACGGGUCACAGCCAAAUAUGACAUUAAGGCGCUGAUAGGCCGAGGUAGCUUCAGUCGGGUGGUGCGAGUGGAGCACAAGAGCACGCGGCAGCCCUACGCCAUCAAGAUGAUAGAGACGCGCUAUAGAGAGGGACGUGAGGUAUGUGAGUCAGAGCUGUGUGUCCUGCGGCGUGUACGCCACACCAACAUCAUCCAGCUGAUGGAGGUGUUUGAGACAGCUGAGAGAGUAUACAUGGUGAUGGAGCUGGCUACAGGGGGAGAGCUUUUUGACCGUAUCAUCGCCCGUGGCUCUUUCACAGAGCGUGAUGCUACACGCGUCCUACAGAUGGUACUGGACGGGGUCAAGUAUCUACAUACACUUGGCAUCACCCACCGUGACCUCAAGCCUGAGAACCUGCUCUACUAUCACCCCGGAGCGGACUCUAAGAUUAUGAUCACUGACUUUGGGCUGGCCAGCACUCGUAAAAAAGGUGAUGAAUGCUUGAUGAAGACCACUUGUGGGACACCAGAGUACAUUGCCCCAGAGAUCCUGGUACGAAAGCCAUACACUAAUGCUGUGGACAUGUGGGCUCUGGGGGUCAUCUCCUACAUUCUGCUAAGUGGCACCAUGCCCUUUGAGGAUGAUAACCGCAUGCGCCUCUACCGUCAGAUCCUCAAGGGGAAGUACAGCUUUUCUGGGGAGCCAUGGCCCAGUGUGUCUAACCUGGCGAAGGACUUCAUCGACCGUGUGCUGACUGUUGACCCCAGUGAGAGGUUAACAGCAGGCCAGGCUCUGAAGCACCCCUGGAUCGUCAGCAUGGCCGCGUCGUCCUCCAUGAAGAACCUGCAGCGCUCCAUCUCCCAAAACCUCCUGAAGAGGGCCUCGUCACGCUGCCACAGCACCAAGUCUGCCCAGUCCACACGCUCCAGCCGCUCCACCAAGUCCAACAAGGCUCGCCGUGCUCGGGAGAAAGAGCUGCGUGAACUCAACCGCCGCUACCAACAACAAUACAAUGGCUGAGUAAUAGUUACGUGGGUUGCAAUGUUGAAACUCAUAAUGUUGUGUGUCUCAUUGAGACCACAAGCAGGGACUUACCAGCAGCUGCCUGGAACAGCAAUUCAGCUCCUAGGCCAUAGUGCCACUGAGGCAGCAAGCAAAACAUCCUCAGAUUUCACCCUUUUUUCCUAGAUUCCUAUUCCCUAAUGUUUCUUUCCUGUCAUUGUGUGUCUCACAUAUUUAUUUAUUGUUGUCAUGAUUAUAUUGUUUCUGUAGAAAUGGUCACUUGAAGCUGUCCAUCUAAACGGAUCUGUUGAACAAAAUUAUAGGAAUUAAGUUUUAGGAAGGGGUGUUAAAAUACUGUUCCUGCACUCGUUCUUGAUUAUUUGCUGUGAAUUUAUGUUACAAGAACAGUGGGUUACUUGCUUUGGUGGAGAUACUUUUGGUCAUGUAGUGUAUGUGGACACCUGCUCGUCGAACAUCUCAUUCCAAAAUCAUGGGCA